AUGUCUCUGGAGCAGCUGGAAUCUGCCAAAGCUUUGGCAUUACAGGAUCUGUCUCUUUUCCCUCCUAUUCUGGACCAGAUCCUUGCCAUUUCGACGGGCUCGGAUUUACAUUUGACGAGAUGGUGUGUGCUGUUUCUGCGGGAUUGUUUCCACGGAAAACAAGUGCCGUUUGAGCUGCGGUAUCAGCAGUCGCCGAAGCUGCUGGAUUCGUUGUUGAAAUGCCUAACCGUGAAGGAUACGGUGGUGGUGUCAGCUAUAAUAGACAUCACCACCGCCGUAUACGAUCUCGUUUUCAAGUACACUAUCGACUACCCUGGAGACACUGAAACGUGGAGUAAGAUGACUUUACUGAAGUCUGAGAUUCUUGGGCGCUUUGAGACGGCAGAUCCUCUUCUUCCACUGAACAGGGACGCCGACCUGUCUCGGUCUAUUCCAGUGAAAGUUUCCACUCUUAAGUUCUACGGAAAACUGUUAACAGUUCAUUUGCCGUUGAUACGAGACCCGAGGGUUAAAGAGAAUAACCCACAGUAUGAUCUGGACUUUUCAAUUGCAAUGGUGCCGCCCAACCAUCCGGUUCUGUGGAACACUGACGGGGAAGGAGAAAAUCUGCUAGACAAUUUGUUUGAGAUGUUGAGUGACGAGCUGAUUCAGACCACGCCAAUAUUUACCGUGUUCUGUAGUGUGUUGGUUCAGGUAUUGAGGAAGAGACCAAAGUACAUUUUUGGAAGGAUAUUCAACCUGAUACUGGGCUAUGAUUCUGUUCUACAGCGGCCUCCUGUCUACGAAACGGACAUGCUAAAGGUGAAAAUGGUGCAGAGGUACAACGAUAGGUUUAACAAGAUUCUGAUUUCAUUUCUGUUGAAUAGGAACUUUGUGAAGGAUGCUGGCCUAAAGCAAAAAUUGGACAAGAAGUUCAAGGUUCUGGUGGAGAGGCAGAGAGUCAAGAUAGAUCAGUACUCACGGGUUGAACCAAUCGCCCACCUUGCCAAGAAGUACCAGGGGAAUGAGUUCUACAAUAACAGCAUCGUCCCCAAAGACAAUACCUACAAGUCGCUGUUCACGCUCCUUCAAGACUCCAACGCACUUGCCCAGUUCGACAUGUCAACUCUUCCCUUGCACGUGUUGGUAGAUAUGAUCACCACCUCCCUGACCACCAUAGAUACAAGUACCUUGAUCAGAGGACUCACUGUUGUUGCUGAUAGGUACACAUUUGAAGUUGCCAAGAGUCUGACGGGUCAGACCAACGCUGUGACACCACAUCAACAGCAGCAGAACCAAGCGGUGGCCGAGUCUGCUGAUUCGGACUACGAGCCGGAUUUUGAUGAUGCGGAACCAUAUCAACUACCACCACCCAAAACUCUCACGAUAUCGGAGAAGAAGCAGCAGAUGUCUAAGAUUGUGGAGAACUUUAUCCGACUUUCUUCGGACCAAAAUCACAAUCACAAUAAUGCCGGUGGAGCUGAUGAUAGCCAGAAAAAAGACUUUGAGAAUUGGUUACUGAUCAGGUUGAUAACGAGGGGACUCAAAGACGAGACCUUGGUGGACGUGGUGCGAAAUUGCAUCUUUGACCAUUUCGUCCAGGACAUGAGGAACAGAAUAGACAUUGUCAUCUCGUGGUUGAACGAAGAAUGGUACAAUGAGCAUCUCCAGGACCCAGCUGGGUCGUUUCCAAACUAUACUUCAUGGACGUCAAAAGUUCUUGACAAUUUCUUACCAUUCCUGGAGAGCUCGGAUCGUAAGAUUCUCAUCAGAUUUGUGUCCGAAGUGCCGUUAAUUGACCUGGGAAUGGUCAUGAAGCUGAAAUCUCUAUGUUCUGAUCCAAUCAGAUACAAGCUUGGAUUCCAAACGUUACAAUACCUGAUCAUGUUCAAGCCUCCUGCUAAAGAGCAUUGCAUCAUACUACUGGAGACGAUGUACGAGCAGAGCUCGGAUGAUGUCAAAGAGCAAUGUCUCGGUUACUUGAAGAAGUACAGUCCUGAAAAGUAUCAUUGA